ACUGGUGAAGAUGGAAACAAGUGCAGGAAAUGUGCGUUUGCCAGUAGGGGGCGCUCCCACACAGACUACCACAGGGGGCAAUAAACCCCUACACCGAUUCCUCAGAGCAGAACCCAAGAUUGUUGGGAUCGUGAUGAUGUUCAUGGGCUCCUGUAUGUUCAUGUUUGGGGUUCCGCUGAGGAAAGACGGGGCAGGACAGAGCAACGCAGACAGCUACAGCUCCUUCUGGCUGGGGAUCUUGUACUUCAUCUGUGGCCUUCUCUACGUACUGUCGGAACGUGAACCCACCAAAAAGAUAAUCACGGCCAGUUUUGCGCUCAGCAUCCUGUCUGUAAUCGGCUCUGCAGUCGCUGCCAUCGACUUUAUCUCAGCUAUGAGCUUCAUGUUGCACUUUCAUUACGAUGACUAUGAGCACCACAACAAUACCAUGUACCUGGACGCAACGAUGAAACACUUUAUGCCGAUGUACAGCCUGGAGGCCGUGUUCCUGGCCCACAGCUUAUUGGGAAUAGUAAUCCUCAUCACCAUGAGCGUAUUCGCACGCAUGGCUCUGCGUUCCAGUCGGACACAGGCGGUGGUAGUAAUGCGUAAUCUACCUGCAACGGAGUGAAUCCAGUUGAACAGCCAAUAGGAUUUCUUGUUGUUGCACAGUGAAUUAACAAAAGGACCAAUUAAAAAUAAAGAAUUUUACUUAAUACAUUCACACUUCACAUAACACUGUACUAAUUCAGCCCACAGGGGAAUAUAUAUUAUCAUACACUACCUUAAAAUCCAUGUAUAAUACAAAGAGAGUGCAUAAAGUUAUAUACAAAUAACACUGUAAUAAUAAAAAUACAAAUACAUAUAUUUUAAUAACUCUACUUUCACAUAAUAAUAUGAAGUAUUAGUAGCAAGUCAUUUACAACAUUUAAUUUACUUUUAAAUCCUAGAAACUUGAGCAUGAGCACACCAACGGUACGUUAUAGUGACCUGGCUGACUUGGUACAAUCAAUUUUAUUCAGUUUAUAUACUUAAAUGCAGCUAUUUUAGGAUGUAUGUAUGCAGGUAAUGCAGACACUACAUCAGUUGACCAUGCAGGUCUGUGUAAAUAAAAAUAAAAUGUGAAAAUAAAUAAUAAAAUCAUUACAAAAAA